AUGCAGAGGAGACAUAGCAGCAACACGGAUGGCAUGCCCUCUGAAAGGAGCCGUAGCCAAACUCUGGGGUCAGAGAGUAGCCUGGAUGAGGGUGGUGUGUUUGACUGCUUGAAACCAGAAUCACCAACCUCACCCCAACAGAUUUUCUCUGGCCUGGUGGGCGUUCCCUCUGGUUCUGUGUCCUCUGCCCAAUUCCAGGCAGCUGGCUUAGUCCUGGGCUCUCCUCCUGACGUUUUUAUCCAGAUGACCACCUCCUCCAGGGACGAAGGGGGCCCCCAUCGCAGCGAGGUGGGCCCUUUCCUUCCUCGUCCGACUCAGCAUCAUCAUCAUCACCACCAUCCUCAUCACCACCACUUCCACCACCAGCCCCUGCAGCACCGGACCCCCUCUCUGCUCCAACAGGCCACUACAGCAGCUGGCUCUGAGAGGCAUGGCUCCAGGGAGGACUCCCAGGAGGACCAGUCCACUCCUGCUCCAGCACUGUCUGAGCUGAAGGCGGUGGUCACCUGGCUACAGCGGGGUUUCCCCUUUAUCCUCAUACUGCUGGCCAAAGUCUGCUUUCAACACAAGCUUGGCUUAGCUGUCUGCGUGGGGUUGGCUUGUACUUUUGCUUACGCCAACUCAUCUUUAAAGCAUCAAGUUGCAUUAAGGGAGCAUCGUUCGCUGCUAGUUGCUUUGUGGAUAUUCCUAUUUCUUGCAGGAAAUAUUUUCUAUAUCUACUACACAUUUCGCAGUGAAGAGCUUCAGAACAGCCUUAUAUUUGCCAAACCAAAUCUUGACAGCUUUGACUUCUUUGAUCUUAUUUGGAUUGUGGGCAUCACGGACUUUGUUCUCAAGUACUUCACCAUUGGUUUGAAAUGUUUCGUCCUUUUCCUGCCGAAGAUUAUGCUGGCCUUCAAAUCUAGGGGGAAGUGCUACCUGCUGAUUGAAGAGCUGAGCCAGUUGUUCCGGACUCUAGUGCCCAUCCAGCUCUGGUACAAAUAUAUCAUGGGGGAGGACCCUUCCAGCAGCUACCUUCUAGGGGCUGCACUCAUCAUAAUCUACAGCCUCUGCAAGUCUUUCGACAUCUGUGGCCGUGUUUCCGCCAUACGCAAGGCAUUUGUAAUCCUUUGUGGCACUCAGAACUAUGGAGUGCGAGCCGGCAGCCAGCAGUGCAGUGAGGCUGGUGACAUCUGUGCUAUUUGCCAGUCUGAUUUCAGAGACCCCAUAGCUCUUCUCUGUCAGCAUGUGUUCUGUGAGGACUGCCUGUGUCUGUGGUUCGAUCGGGAGCGGACUUGUCCUCUCUGCAGAGCCACAGUCAUCGAGACCCCGCGAUGCUGGAAAGAUGGCACCACCUCGGCGCACUUCCAAAUCUACUAGGCUUCAUCAGUCCAUAUACAUCCUGUGUCCCAUGUGGCCCUGUAAACAGUGGUAGACAAUCUGCUGUGUUGUAUUAAAAACAUGUUGUAAGUAAGGGUUUUUAAGGGCAAGGUCAUGGGUCUGGAUAAUGCAAAGGUCAUUUACCAGUGUAAUGCGUCUAGCCAACAGUAUGAUUUUAACAUGGUUGUUUAUUCUAUUACAUAACUAUAUAAAUUCUUCACUACAUUAAGCAUUAAUUUAGCAAAAUAGAAUUCUAACUCUAACUUAACAAUCAUAUUAAAACUUCAGUGUAUAUGUAAUUUCUGUGUUAUUCAACAAAGUUACAACUCAAUAAACCACCUGUUCAAUAAUUAGAGAAUA